AUGAAGGAUACAGGUAGAUUUGGAUUAUUAUCGUUAGGAGCAGCACCUAGACACAGCACGUUGCAAUGGGUCAGCGAAAAUCGACUGGUAUAUUGCGGUUUAAGUGAUAUAUGUGUAGUUUCUAAUGUAAGUUUAUAUUUUCUUGGUCUUUCUUUGGCUUUUAGGCGUGAAAAAGACGUAUGAGAGCAUAAGGAAGCUUUUACAAUAUUUUUGAUGUAUUUCAACAAGCUUCGUUUAAACUAAUUUUGAUUUAUAAUACAUACAGUACUUGCACGUUUUUAUAAUUUUUAAAAAGUCUGAGAUAAAAAAACGUUGUGUGUUUAUUUAAGAGUUAAAAAAGCAUAUUUUGUUUGAUUUAAAAUAGUUUUGCUUUAUUUUAUACUUUCCUUUCAUUGUUUUACUUAUAUAUUUGUCUACUUUAUGAAUGGCCUUUAAUUUUGAAUUCCUCUUUUUAGAAAGACGGUGAAUUUGUGCCAGAAUCGAUACUCUCGGUUAUAAGCUAUCCUUCAACCUUUAGAUCAUUUCGAUUAGUUGAAAAUGAAAGAAGAACAGACGAAAACUUUGAAGUGAUAGCUACUACAACUGAUGGUUUCCUUGUUUUGGUCAAUCUCUUUUUUGAAAAUGGAUUGUGGAGAUACAAAGUUGUUUACCAAGGUGAGCAAAACCUUUAUUAUUAUUUUUUUUUAAAUUUAGAUAAACUAGCACCAAAUGAGAUGGUAGACGCGUUUGGAUUCAGAGACGAACAUCAGUUGGUGAUAGUGAUUGGAACGUUUAGCUCGAUAGAAUUUCGGUUUUUUGACAAGGAAAUGACUUUUAUAUCGAACAAAAUGAAACCUUUACAAAGCUUUUUGAUGGUACAAUGUUUGUAUGUUCAACCUUUGGAGAGUUACAAUGAAUUUAUGUUGUUUUAUGGACAGACCAACAAGAAGAUUGGCUUGAACUUGGUGAGGAAGCCUGAAAAAGAGGGAGAGGAGUUUGAAUGUAAACUUUUGGAUUCUAAGGAAGCUGUGUUUUACUUGGAUUGUCGGAAAUGUAAGUGGUUUUGGUGUUAAAGGGCUUUAAGGUAUUGUGUUAGAGGAUGAUGACUUGGGAUGGUUAAUACCUAAACUAUGGUUUUUAUGGGAGAAUAGUGCAAAUUGAGUUAAUAAGAAAUGUAAAGCAUGCUUCUGUGCUCCUUUGUGUAAAUUUUGGUUUAGUUUAGAGUUCUAUUGGAAGAGAUAUAUUAAAAUAUCUAUAACAACAUCUAUUUUUAGCCAAAUCAAACUCAGAAAAGCUGGAAAUCUUGGCUGCAACUGAAUGUCGAAUACAAGUUUGGAGUGCGGAACCAGCAGCACAAUUAGAAUCCUCACAAACCCUAGAAUUCAGCGGGUUCGACCUAGAAUCAAAGGCUUUAGUUACCUUUUCAAAUCAAGCUUCUUACCAAGUCCAUCUAGAUUCUAACAUUCUUGCUAGUCAAGAGAGAAUUUGUGGAGCUAAUUGGAACUACGACCGUGAUGUUUUCUCUAUAUCGACCAGGGAAAACUCGAUUAAAGUGUUUGGAUUGGAGAAAGGAGAUGAUGAUGAGUUAUGGUUGUUGAAGGCUUCAGUUUGUUCGUAUGGAGAGCCGGCUUUGGAGCUUUGUGGGGUGUUUGAUGCUCAGUUUUCUCCUAUGAAUAAGUGGUUUUUGGCUCACAACACUGUUGGUGGCUUCUACUUGUUCGAGGUUAAUGACGAGGUGAGGAAAGGUUUAGGUAAAGGGUUGAAAAUAACAAAUACAUGAAAAAUUCAACAUUUUGGUUAUAUAUUGUGGAUAUUAUUUAUAGUAUCUAUAUUGUAGGUAUGACUAUGCUAUAGUAAAGUUUCUUUUCCAGUUUUCCUUUAAACAACAGCCAGUUUACAUUGGUGGACAUUCAGGCAAGGUUCGAUCGAUUUGUUGGCACCAAAACAGGGACUUUUUGUUAUCAGUUGGAGCCGAUAAGACUACACGUUACUUUAAAAAGUUUGAGGUUUGUGUUAUAGUAUUCUAUAGGAUCUUUUUAACAUUAGAAAUGGCAAAAAACAAGAAUUUUAUGCUUAUUAUACCGAAAUUUUGCUUUUAUUUUUGUUUUUUAUGCUUAGGAGAGCUGUUUGAUGCAAAAAGAAUGGCGGUUUAUUGAAAAUGAAUUUAGAGACAUACGCUAUUGUAUAGUGAGUAAUAAUAUUAUGUUUUGCGUAUUUUAGAACGGUUUUUGGGCUCAAAAAAGUCGACCACAGGUUCAUGGCCAUGCUUUACGAUGCAUCACUUCGGUUGGAGAGUAAGUCUUUGUUGUUCUUGAGGGUAAAAGGUAAUGAAAAGGCAAUUUUGAAGAAUAUUUUAGUUUUUUGAAUUUGAUAUGUUUGAAAAAAUAAUUAUAAGCCUAAACUUAAUUUUAAUUUUUUUUAUUUUGUAGCCAAGGCUUCGUAUCCGGCUCAGCCGAACACAUGUUCCGAGUAUUCGGCGCUCAAGUCCCGAAGCUCACCGUGCAAGAAGCCAUUGAGCGUAUCCAGCCUUUGAAUCUAACUCCAAAACCUCAAACAGAACUCACAUCCUCAGGCGACGCUCCAGAAACUAUCGACGAUUCAAAACCAACAAUCGAAGAAUACCUACAAUCCGGAGCCACAGCCCACGAAGAGCUACGAAAACUCUACGGACAUGGUAACGAAUGCUAUGUCACAACCUCAAACAAUGAGUUCGUAUUCACGUCGGCGAAAGGAUCACGUCCAGACGAAGCACAGCUCAUAGUUUGGUCGAUUGGAGAUUGGAAGGUGAGGAAGAGGGAGAUCAGACACAAGUUGACUAUCACUGAUAUGGCUGUGAGCAAAGAUGGACAAUAUCUGGUCACGGUUUCGAGGGAUCGAACGGUUAAUGUCUACAGGAUUGGUAAGUUUUGAAAGGUCUAUAUGAUAGAUUUUGUCAAAUUGUUCAAAAAAAGAAUGGGCCAAGAAAUUUUGAAGGUAGAGAAAUGCCGUUUUUUGGAUUUUGAAGCUACAGAAACCAAGGUUUUUAGAUUCUGAAGCUACAAAAAUCAACGUUUUCUACAAAAAUAUAGUUUAUUCAUUUCAGAUUCUUCAAACCCAGAAGUCCUAACCCAUCUCCAAACCAUCGAAGGCCUCCACAAACGAGUCAUCUGGACCGUAGCCUUCUACACACCUACCAUCUUUGCCACAGGCUCAAGAGACGGCCAGAUAUCCGUAUUCAAGCUAGAAAACAAUCAAAUAACAGAAAUUCAGAAGCUCAAGAUCUCAGAAUGCGUUAGCGCUCUAGAAUUCGGAAAAGAUUCAGAAUCCCACGAUAUCGUCAUGUUUUCAACGGAAAGUGGCACAGUUUAUGUAGCACCAGUCAAGGAGAAUGUAAUACAAGAAGAAAGGAUUCAGAAGUUGGAUAGGGAGAGCGGAUUCAGUGGUGGAAGCUUGAUCUACAGGAUAAAGUAUAACGACAAGGAGAUGAUGUUCGCCUUGUGUUCGGAGACUGGAUACAUAAAGUUCUUGGGAGUGUAA